AACCUUCAAUCGACAAACCAUCGACUGUCCCCCCCCCCCUACCAUCCAGACACCGAUCAUCAACAUCGACAGUCACCAAAUAAACAUCGAAAAUGGGAAAGGUUCACGGAUCUCUGGCCCGUGCCGGCAAGGUCAAGUCUCAGACCCCCAAGGUUGAGAAGCAAGAGAAGAAGAAGCUGCCUAAGGGCCGUGCCAUGAAGAGGCUCAAGUACACUCGCCGCUUCGUGAACGUCCAGCUCACCGGUGGCAAGAGAAAGAUGAACCCCAACCCCACCUCGUAAGCGCACACCGGGUGCUUCGGCGGGAUGAACUGGUGACGGGCGGGCAUCGGAACAACAUGGACCAGAAGACUAGAGGACUACCCUCUACGGAUUGGGCCGGCGGUCUCCGGAAAUUGGAAGGGACGAAUUUCUGAAAAGGAUAUUUCAUUUUACAACGAGAUCGGCUACGGGCAUCAUGGAAUUUGCAUCUGUGUUUCUACUGCUUUUCGGCGUAGGGGUCCUUCGCAACCGGGCGCCCGAGGACGCCUAAUUCAGUCUUCACGAACGUCUAGAGAAUUCGAUCGACUGUCUGAUCACACAAACGCAAUUAUCUUUCUGAUCCAUACUGUGAUGGAGCCUUUGUGACUAGAAAGGGCGGGUUGGGCUUUGGACCUUGUUGCCAACUA